CAUCAGCCUUAUAAGCUCCGGCUUGGAAGCUUCUCACGCUCUACCUCUCCACUUGUUGAAGUGAAAGAAGAAGAAGAAGACGAAGAGGCAAUUGAGCAUAUAUAUCACGCUUGAAUCAUCCUCACAUCUCCCUUAUCGUAGCCUCAACAUACCUCUCUCUCCCCCUUCAAUUCUUACCACACGUAAAACAAUCCAAAACACCAAAAUGGUCAGCUCAAAGCCCGUAGCCCUCGUCGUGGGAGCUUCCCGCGGAAUCGGCCGCCAAGUCGCCGUCGACCUGGCUGCCAACGGCUACGCAAUCGUCGUGGCCGCAAAGUCCAUCACAGACCCUUCCAAGCUCACCGACAAGGCGCCCAAUCCAAAGUCCAACGACUCAACCAUCACCACCGUCGCCCGCGAAAUCACCUCUGCUGGCGGCGAUGCCACGCCUAUCCAGGUCGAUGUGCGAUCCGAGGAGAGCGUCAACGCCCUCAUCGCAAAGACCAUUGCUAAAUACGGCCGCCUCGACGUCCUCGUCUACAACUCGGGCGCCAUCUGGUGGGCAUCCGUCGCAAACACGCCCCUCAAGCGCUUCCAGCUCAUGCAGCGGGUCAACCCCGAAGGUCUAUACGCCGUCAUCCAGGCCGCUCUGCCGCAUCUCCGCCCUCACGGCCGCAUCGUCGUCGUCAGCCCGCCCAUCUACAGCCGCUUCUUCCGCGGCAAGACCGCUUAUGCCAUGGGCAAGAUCGGCAUGAGCGUCCUAACCAAGGGCCUAGCCAUGGAUUUCAAGCGCGAGGGGCUCAACGACAUGGCCAUUACGAGCAUCUGGCCCGCCGUGGCAAUCGAAUCCGCCGCCACCGAGCAAUUCACCAAGAAGAACCCCGACGAGGAAAAGGACCUCCGCAAGCCCACCAUCUUCUCCGACGCCAUCCUCGGCAUCCUGCGCUCCCCCGCCGCAAAGGUCAACGGCGAGCUGGUCCUCGACGAGGACUUCCUCCGCGACCACAUGGGCGUCACCGACUUCUCAAAGUACAACGUCAUCCCCGGCGCCAGCCCGCGCCGAAUCAUGCCCGCCCGCUUGCCCGACCUGACCGUCGCCGAGCAGGACGAUGAGGGCCAGAGGGUUGAUAGCGCUACUAAAUCGAAAUUGUAAAUCGCAUUUUCUCUCUUUUCUUAGGAGGAAGAUGGGCUGUAUGUAGAGUAUGUGUUGAAUAGCAAGUGUCGGUUAGUCGGGCAGCGGAGCCAUGGGAAAUUGGUUCUUAGCUAGGGCAAGUAAUGCCAUUCAGCCAUUUGUAGGAUAUCUAUACAAACAUGUCAAUGAGAGAG